AUGGACAAUAUUAGUAACGUACUGAUCAGUUUCAUAGUUGUCACCAUUAUUUCUGUUGUUUUAUUCUUCACUGGUGGACUCUAUGUUAUCAUCGAUCCAUUGCUCAAACUAGCAUACACUCGCCAUCAAGAAAUCCGCCGUAAACAACGUCCAAAACGUAUUUUCCUCAUCCGACAUGGAGAAUCACAAGCUAAUGUCGAUACCACUUUGUAUGCACGUAUGGCUGACAGUCAGAUCGAAUUAACCGAACGUGGACAUCAACAAGCUGUUGAAGCUGGUCAAAAACUUCACUCAAUUAUCGGGAAAGAAUCGAUGUAUGUCUAUAUGAGUCCAUAUCGUCGGUCGAAACAAACAUGGGAGAAUAUUCGCAAAGCUUUCUCGCCAUUACAGAUCAUUACUGAACGUGAGGAUGCUCGUAUUCGGGAACAAGAGUUUGGCAACAUUGCUAUUCUACCGGAACGUUUACAUGAAUUCAAAGAACAAAAACGACUCGGUGAAUUCUUCUAUCGUUUUUCGUGUGGUGAAAGUGGUGCAGAUGUAUGCGAUCGAGUGUCAUUAUUUCUCGAUACAUUAUUUCGUGAAAUGGAUAAUGGACAUCACGAUCCAACGCAGAACAUUGUAAUUGUUUCACACGGCCUAUUUAUGCGAUUGUUUCUGAUGCGAUACUUUCGAUGGACGGUCAAAGAUUUAGAAAACUUGAAACAAUUUGACAACUGCGAAAUCUGUCAAUUGACAAAAAUCGAUGGUGUAUAUACGUUGGAUGGCAAAACGAAGCCACCAACGGAAUCGUCGUAA